GCAUGUUUGAUUUCCAUCGCAAAUUAACUUUAGUUAAUUAAACUUGAGAUAAUUAGUAUGGCUCUAGUAGAUUAGUAUUAUAUUUUAGGUGAUUGAUAUGUAAUAUUAAAAACUUAGAUAACACACACACAGAGUUUGGUUUCCUUGUUUAACUUGAAGACUAAUAUACAGUUUUACAAAAAUGCCCUUAAUAAAAUAAAAAAAUUACAAGAGUGCCUAUCACUUAUCAAAUUACCUUUCCAUUUACCAAAUCAAAACUAGUUUCACGCAGAUGAAAAUUUUGGCGGGUGGGGUUUUCCCAAUUUCUCCAUCUUCCUCAAGCUAUGGCUCUAAUCUCUGCGUGACCCCAUUUUCAAGCAGCGAAAUUGUUGAAGUUUACCAAAAUCGCUCACAUCCCUACUACUCUCCUCUGGAAAUUUGGCACCGGUGCUCUCGAUUUCGUUCGACAUGAGUUCUACCCAAGAAGCUAGUGGCGGAGAUGGAGGCAAGGCUAACAAAACCGAUAAGACCAGACGUAUUUGGUCCCCACGCGAGGAAGACAUCCUUAUUGCAGCGCUUAAAGAACUGGUUGCUCAAGGAUGGAAAUCAGACAAUGGGUUUCGAGGUGGGUAUCUUAAGAAGCUUGAAGACACGAUGAAAAGAGAGUUUCCUGGGACGGACCUGAAAGGAACACCUCAUAUCAAUUCUAAGCUGUGUACGUGGAAGAAAAAUUACAAUUCUCUAAUCGAAAUCUUGAAGCCGAGUGGAGUUGGGUUCAAUCUGAAAGGAACAUUCAUGAUUGAUAUUGAUAAUCAUCAAUGGGAUGAAGUUCUAAAGAAGGAUAAUAAUGCGAGGAACAUGCGCUUUAAGCCUUGGCCUUAUCUGGAUGAUUGGAAAGAGAUUUUUGGGAAAGACAGGGCAACUGGCCAGUCUGCUGAGGACAUUUUCGAUGCUCUCGGUAAGUUGCCACGUGACGACAACUUGGAAGAAGAUGGAAUAGAUAGCGAAUUCAGAGCAUUGGAUGAGCAAGUUGAAACAGAAAAUGGUGAAAAUAGUUCUAUAGGCCAACAAGCUGAGCAAGUUUGUAAGUCUAAAAGCAAGAAACGCAAAUCAGGAGAUGGCCUCGAAAAUCUGUUCGCACUUAUAGGUGAUAUUGGCCGUGAAACAGCAUCUAGAAUGGACAUAAUGUGCAGUAGAAUUGGCUACGAUCAUGACUUAGCAAAGGCGAGGAAGGAUGCGUUCGAAUGCCUGAGUAACAUGCAAGGUAUCUCCGAAGAUGAAAAGUUUGAUGUCUGCGAAAUUUUAAACGAGAAAGUGUCGUGCCUUGAGAUGUUCAGGAGCUUACCAGAAAGUUCUCGGGAAAGCUAUGUGUAUCGUCUUCUUAGAAAAAGAUAGAGAAGUUGCUUGGAUUGUAAUGACUGAAGAAGGGCAGACGAGCUUGAAGUUUUUGGUUUAAACUUUUGAUUUUGUAACUAGAUAUGUGCUUGUUUUUUUACAGCAUGGAAGACAAUUAUGUAAUCCUUAUAUUCAGUUCUAGAAAUCCCCUAUGGUUCAAGCAGGGAAUUAUGUAAUUAAGUAAUCUUGUAGGCUGAUGAACCUUUUGCUUGAAGUUAGUUAUGUCUAUCUAAUGUACUUGUUUAAGCAUUUAUUUUGGAAUGCAUGGUGAAUCUUGUACUGUGAU